CCAGGACAAACUCCUGGACAAGACUGAGACCCAGAUCAGUAACCUGGAGCGUCUGGUUCAGGACCUGGAGUUUGCACAGAUUGAGAAGAAAGUUAUCGAUGGUUUGAAGGUUGGAAAUGAAUGUUUGAAGAAGAUGCAUGAGGCGAUGUCCAUUGAAGAAGUCGAGCGUAUCAUGGAUGAAACUCAGGACGCCAUUGAAUAUCAGCGGCAAAUUGACGACAUGCUCGCGGGGUCUCUGUCUCAGGAGGACGAAGACGCUGUCCUGGCCGAGCUGGACGCCAUUACUCAGGGAGACUUGGAUCUUCCUGAGAUUCCUGCAGACGAGCUUCCUGAUGUUCCAGAGCAGAAGCCAGAGAGAGAACGUUCCAGGAAGAAAGCAGAGCGAGAGCUGCUGGCUGUAUGAGAACAUCAGCUCCUCCAUCAGCUGCUCCAUCAGCUCCUCCAUCAGCUCCUCCAUCAGCUCCUCCAUCAGCUGCUCCUCAGCUCCUCCAUCAGCUCCUCCAUCAGCUGCUCCUCAGCUCCUCCAUCAGCUCCUCCAUCAGCUGCUCCUCAGCUCCUCCAUCAGCUCCUCCAUCAGCUGCUCCUCAGCUCCUCCAUCAGCUGCUCCUCAGCUCCUCCAUCAGCUGCUCCAUCAGCUCCUCCAUCAGCUGCUCCUCAGCUCCUCCAUCAGCUCCUCCAUCAGCUGCUCCUCAGCUCCUCCAUCAGCUGCUCCAUCAGCUGCUCCAUCAGCUCCUCCAUCAGCUCCUCCAUCAGCUCCUCCAUCAGCUCCUCCAUCAGCUGCUCCAUCAGCUGCUCCAUCAGCUGCUCCAUCAGCUCCUCCAUCAGCUCCUCCAUCAGCUGCUCCUCAGCUCCUCCAUCAGCUGCUCCAUCAGCUGCUCCAUCAGCUGCUCCUCAGCCGCUCCUCAGCUCCUCCAUCAGCUGCUCCUCAGCUCCUCCAUCAGCUGCUCCAUCAGCUGCUCCAUCAGCUGCUCCAUCAGCUGCUCCCUCAGCUCCUCCCUCAGCUCCUCCAUCAGCUGCUCCAUCAGCUGCUCCAUCAGCACCUCCUCCUCCUCGGCUGUUGCAGACGACUCAUGAAGGACUGAAGUAAACAUGAAUUUUAAUAAAGGCGUAGUUGAGGUUCUGACACGCACACACACAUACACACACACGCACACACACAUACACACACACACACACACACACACACACACACACACACACACACACACACACACAUAAUCACAGGGUUCUCAAACCGUGCUCAACAUCACUGGAAUCAAGGACUUUUCCAGGACCAGUUCCCUUCAAUUCAAGGACCCAAUGUGCUGACACAGCUGAAGAUCGGUGGCGGGCGACUUCCCUGCAGUCAGAGCUGUGAGCAGCAGGGGGCGCUCACACCACCUGAACUAUCCCUUUAAUGAUCUCUCCAUAUGUUUACCAAGAAAUCAGUGUACACACGAUCCACACCACGUCUUUCACACACACACACACACACACACACACGUGUCAUCACGUGAUCGAUUGUUUCCUUUUUUAAAAACAUUUGUUUAAAUCUUAAAAUUAAAAAAGUGAGUAAGGCUGCUGUUCACACACUGACCACUGGGUGGCAGCAGGUCAGACGCUUCAUGGACAUUAACGUUGAUUCUUUUCAUGAUGAAAUGACGUUGAUACGUUUGUGUAAUAAUUGAUCAGUUAUUUUAUGAUCGUUAAACCAUAAAAAAAACAUUUAAAAUGACAGUAACAACAAAAUAAAAUGAUGAUGAAUUA